AUGAAAUCAAUUUAUAUAUCUUGUCUUUUAAUCGUUGGUUUUCUCUCAGUAACCUAUGGACUUGAAUGUUAUGUAUGUGAGCAACAAGAAGGAAAUGAUGAUAAAUGUAUAAAAACUGUUCGUAUGUGUCAAAGAUAUGAAGAUACAUGUGCAACGUUAAUUCUCUAUACAACACCACAUGAAUGGACUCCACGUCUUGAACGUCGUCAUUACAUAUCAAAAGGUUGCGAUACUCGGGACGCAUGUACACGUCUUCUGUAUGGUUUGGCAAGUGUUUGUUCACGUAAUUGGUAUGAAGACUGGGCAUGUGUCGAAUGCUGUCAGGGAGAUCGAUGCAAUCGAUAUGUUGUUCUUGGCUCAAAUAAUAUUCGUGCAUCAAUACUACUAUCUGCUAUUAUGUCUCUAGCAUCAUUAUUUAUCCGUUUUUGA